AUGCAGACGCUACCAACAAUAGCGUUAUCGCUAGGAUCAGCGACAGACGUGGUCAUCGCUACCGUGCUCAGCUUCUACCUGCACACAAUGCGCACGGGCUACCAGAGAUCUGAGAGGUUGAUCGACAGGUUGAUUAUCUUUAGCGUCAAUACAGGAGCUCUUACUGCGGUAGCCAGUAUAUGUGUUGCUGUUCUGUUCCAAACGAUGCCGAACAACUUCGUCUUCAUCUCUGUCUACUUCCUUGUUUGUAAAUUAUACUCCAACUCUUGCCUAGCAACGCUCAAUUCGCGGAGAGGCAAGGGCCACGAUCGAGACGAAGACUGUGCGUCUCAUGUCGCCAGCCACGCAUUGGCGUUUUUCAACCCCCGAUCAAACAAUGUGCCCAUCGAUGUGGAUACUACCAAACUGACUCGGUCUGUGAUUGAAAUCGAUGUACGCCAAGAAACAUCUAUCACUUAG